AUAUCUCUUUGUCUUAAAGAGCCGGCACCGGCAGUGUCUUUCUCUAUGGUAUAAAGGGGAAGUAGUGAAAACUCCGUGGGGAGAAAAUGUGUGUAAUGUAAUGUAGAAAUGAUCGAGCGGCUUAACUGAAUAAUGUUAUCAAGAUGUCUGUGCAUUCUUUGCUGUGUGAGAGAAUUGCUAUUGCUAAGGAGCUAAUCAAAAGGGCAGAAGCCCUUUCCAGGUCCCAGAAAGGUGGUAUAGAAGGGGGAUCAAAGCUCUGCAGCAAACUAAAAGCAGAGUUAAAAUUCUUGAACAAGGUGGAGGCUGGUAAGGUAGCCAUCAAAGAGUCACACCUGCAGAGUACAAAUCUCACUCACCUGCAAGCCAUCAUCGAGUCGGCAGAGAACUUGAAGGAAGUUGUCGGUGUGCUUCAUGUUUUUGCUUACGAGGAUAACUUUGGUGAAAAACAAAGCUUGGUAGUAGAUGUGGUUGCAAACAGUGGCCACACCUGGGUGAAAUCAAUUGGUCGAAAGGCUGAAGCCCUGCACAAUAUUUGGCUGGGCAGGGGCCAGUAUGGAGACAAGAGCAUCAUUGAGCAAGCAGAGGACUUCCUGCAAGCAAGCUGCCAGCAGCCAGUGCAGUACAGUAACCCACACAUUAUCUUUGCUUUCUACAAUGGUGUGUCCUCUCCAGUGGCAGAGAGGCUGAAACAGAUGGGCAUAUCUAUACGGGGAGACAUAGUAGCUGUAAACACAUUAACAGAACAUGCCAGCAAAGACCUUCCCUUAAGUUCUAGCGAAUCUGAUGAUGAAGGUGGCAAAUGCCUGCAAGUGACUAAAGUGGAUCAGGACAACUUAAUAGCCAGGGUUGCUUUUCCUACAGAAGUCAGAGUGGACAUGUGCAAUAAGGUUAACUUGGAUAUUACUACUUUGAUUACGUAUGUCUCUGCUCUUAGCUAUGGAGGCUGUCACUUUAUCUUCAAGGAGAAAGUCUUAACUGAGCAGGCAGUACAAGAGAGAGAAGAGAGAGUUCUUCCACUACUGGAAGAGUUCAUGAAGGACAAGGAGCUGUUUGCUUGUGAAUCGGCAGUCAGAGACUUUCAGGUCAUCUUAGAGACCUUAGGGGGGCCGGGGGAGAAAAAUCGAGCCACAUUACUCCUGGAGAGAGUCACUGUGGUACCAGACCAACCCUCUGAGCGUGCCUUAAGUCUGGUGCCUAGUUCCAAAAUCAACAGCCGCUCUCUGGCCAUCUUUGGGACAGGAGAUUCUUUAAAGGCCAUCACUAUAACUGCAAACAGUGGCUUUGUUAGGGCUGCAGCUAAUCAGGGAGUUAGGUUUAGUGUGUUCAUUCAUCAGCCCAGGGCAUUGACAGAGAGCAAAGAAUCUUCGGCCAUGCCUCUACCAAAGCAAUGAGCUGAGUCCGAAUAGUGCAAACCAGUUAUCUCUGGCCAUUAAAGUAACAGAACCAGUGGAUAGAUCUGUCAAAAUAGCUGAUUCAUACAGCUUAUAGUAGAAGCAAUUUCAGACACACAAUUUUUUUUUUAAGGACACAACUUGGCAAAAAGGCAGAAGUGAAUGUUGCAAUGAGCAUGGGGCUGCUACCAAAAGCAAUUUCAGACACACAUUUUAUUUUAUUUUUUAAAAGGACACAAAUUGGUGAAAAGGCAGAAAUGUCCUGCCAUCAUUUUGCUGUUCAUUUCCCUGCUGCAGCUCCACACUGUUGGCUGUCUUUGGUGGGAAAUGUGCAGCAUAAUAGCUCACAUUCUGUGCAGCACCUGCUGACCCAAGAGCAGGGUAUGUGUGCUGGUUCCAUGCUACUCUGAAGCCCAUCCAUGUGGCUAGCGAGUGCAGAGCGGCUCUGUGGCUCCUAAGAAUUGUGUCCUUGCUCUAGAGAUGCUUCUCCCAUUGGGAAUGAUGGGGAAACUGUUGCUACAGCGAUGAUGCAAUUUUUAGUAGUCAUGGAGCUUCUCCAUACUCACUAGCAGCAUAGAUGGGCUUUGGAGUAGCAUGGAACCAGUGCAUGUCCUGCUGUUGGAUCUGCUCCACAUUUUAGCCAGAGACAGCAUUUGGAGAGUUGUACUGGACAUAUUUGGAAAGGGAUGGAGUUCUACACAAGGCUGUUAACGUUUGUUGGAAGUUCUGUGUUUGUUGUAAAAUUUAUUUCUACCCAGAGUCAAGCACUUGUAAAUCCCAUUUACUUCAAUAGGAGAGAUGUAAGCACAUGCUUAAUUUUCAUAUCGGGAUUAAAAAGUGCUUAAACUGGGCAUGAUCCAAGCAAAAGUAAACACUUAAAUCCCAUUUUGGCACAUGCUCUACCAUUAGAAUUGAUGUGUCAAUGCAUAAGUUGGGCUGAAUUGUAAUCUUACUUUUUGUUGAAUCCUCCUGGUUUUCAGUGCAGUGGCUCCACUGUAAUUUAUUUUACUGAGGUAAUUAUGUUGUUAACAGAGUACAACAUAUUAUUAAAACAUUACAAUUCAAACAUAA